AUGAAGAGGCACCGGGCCAAGAAAUGCUCCAUGUUGACGUGUGAGACAGGAGACGUGACGAAGAACGAGAGAAGCAUCCAUGCCUUCGAUGGAGCGCUUUCAGCUGCUGCCUGUCAGCUGCAAAACAAGAAGCGCAGGGACUUUUCAGGAUCCUUACUCAAAGGCAACAAAGCUGAGUACCACUCCUAUUGCCUCUCCUUGUAUCUCACCAACUACUACAACCACGACAGCACCAACUACCACAACCACUGCAGCACCAACUACUAUGACCACGGCAGCAACAACUACUACAACCACUGCAGCACCAACUACUACAACCACUGCAGCACCAACUACUACAACCACGACAGCACCAACUACUACAACCACUGCAGCACCAACUACUACAACUACGGAAGCACCAACUACCACAACCACUGCAGCAACAACUACUACAACCACUGCAGCAACAACUACUACAACCACUGCAGCACCAAGUACUACAACCACGGCAGCACCAACUACUACAACCACGACAGCACCAACUACUACAACCACUGCAGCACCAACUACUACAACCACUGCAGCACCAACUACUACAACCACGACAGCACCAACUACUACAACCACUGCAGCACCAACUACUACAACCACUGCAGCACCAACUACUACAACUACGGAAGCACCAACUACCACAACCACGGCAGCAACAACUACUACGACCACGGCAGCAACAACUACUACAACCACUGCAGCACCUACUACUACAACUACGGAAGCACCAACUACUACAACCACUGCAGCACCAACUACUACAACCACGACAGCACAAACUACUACAACCACUGCAGCACCAACUACCAUGACCACGGAAGCACCAACUACUACAACCACUGCAGCACCAACUACUACAACCACUGCAGCACCAACUACCACAACCACUGCAGGACCAACUACUACGACCACUGCAGCACCAACUACCACAACCACUGCAGGACCAACUACUACGACCACGGAAGCACCAACUACUACAACCACUGCAGCAACAACUACUACGGGCACGGAAGCACCAACUACUACAACCACUGCAGCAACAACUACUUCGACCACGACAGCAACAACUACUACAACCACUGCAGCACCGACUACCACGACCACGGAAGCACCAACUACUACAACCACUGCAGCACCAACUACUACAACCACUGCAGCACCAACUACUACGGCCACGGAAGCACCAACUACCACAACCACUGCAGCACCAACUACUACAACCACUGCAGCAACAACUACUACGACCACGGAAGCACCAACUACUACAACCACUGCAGCACCAACUACUACGACCACAGCAGCACCAACUACCACAACCACUGCAGCAACAGCUUCUACAAACACUGCAGCAACAGCUUCUACAAACACUGCAGCAACAGUUUCUGCAAACACUGCAGCAACAGCUUCUGCAAACACUGCAGCAACAGCUUCUACAAACACUGCAGCAACAGCUUCUAUGACAACUGCAGCAACAGCUACUACAACCACUGCAGCAACAGCUUCUACAACCACUGCAGCAACAGCUUCUACAAACACUGCAGCAACAGCUUCUACAAACACUGCAGCAACAGCUUCUAUGACAACUGCAGCAACAGCGUCUACUAACACUGCAGCAACAGCUUCUACAAACACUGCAGCAACAGCUUCUAUGACAACUGCAGCAACAGCGUCUACUAACACUGCAGCAACAGCUUCUACAAACACUGCAGCAACAGCUUCUACAAACACUUCAGCAACAGCUUCUACACACACUGCAGCAACAGCUUCUACAAACACUUCAGCAACAGCUUCUACAAACACUGCAGCAACAGCUUCUGCACACACUGCAGCAACAGCUUCUACAAACACUUCAGCAACAGCUUCUACACACACUGCAGCAACAGCUUCUGCAAACACUUCAGCAACAGCUUCUACAAACACUGCAGCAACAGCUACUACAAACACUGCAGCAACAGCUUCUACAAACACUGCAGCAACAGCUUCUGCAAACACUGCAGCAACAGCUACAACAAACACUGCAGCAACAGCUUCUACAAACACUGCAGCAACAGCUUCUGCAAACACUGCAGCAACAGCUACAACAAACACUGCAGCAACAGCUUCUACAAACACUUCAGCAACAGCUACUACAAACACUGCAGCAACAGCUUCUACAAACACUGCAGCAACAGCUUCUACAAACACUGCAGCAACAGCUUCUACAAACACUGCAGCAACAGAUACUACAAACACUGCAGCAACAGAUACUACAAACACUGCAGCAACAGAUACUAUGACCACCGUGGCACCAGUUACCAAUGUGACUGCAGCAGCAACAACCAGCAUACCUGCAGUGGCCAGUAUUUCUCGACAAGAAUGUGGCUCCUCAAAGCUCUGUGCAGCUGAACCCUCAAAGUGCGAUCCCUCUUCCGCAACCUGCUAUUUCCUUUCUGCCAAGCAACAAAGUGGCCAAACGUACAACUUUGAGCUCUCAGGACAGACAGACGGCUACAUUGCUGCUGGUGUGUCAAAUGCUGCAUCUCAGACUGCCAGUCACAGAGCCUAUUUCUGCGCUAACCACAAAGGUGCUGUCCGUUUCUUCACUGGCUUCAUCAAUAAUCUGGUUCUAAAUCUCACACAGACACUAACAACAAGCAAUGUGAAGGGAUCAGUCAACUCAGGAAAAAUCCAGUGCACAUUUUCAGCUGACCUACCUGACACAACGACACGAGCAGCAGAUUAUGCUUUGUCUGUUACAACUGGACCUUACAAUGCCACUUCCGGGGAACUGGGAAACGCAAACUUCAGAAUCCUAACACCCCUUGUGAACCUCACUGACACUACCACCAAUGUCACCAAUUUGCUGAGCAACAGCACUAACAGCACCUCCUCUGCUUAUCCGGUCACACACACACAGUCAUUUUUGCCAGUUCUGCUGGUCACCGUGUCUCUGCUGGCUUUCACAGCAGUAUGAAGCAACUUAUCUCCACCAUGUUAGAAAAAGGCCGCAACGUCUCUAUCAAUGAACACAGACGACUAAGAUCAAAAAUGGAGCAGGUCUUGGACAGAUUUUCCUACUUUGAGAGGAUCCAUUUUGUGCUGACUCAGUUUUUUUAUUUUAAGAACAACUCUUCAAGCCUCUGCUCCACUGCUUGUUGUCAAGUUUACAAGCCUUUGUGAUUCUGAAUCAAAAGAGAAAUUAUGUCAAAUGCUUCCUCUUUAGUUCUAUAAAACUAUUUACCCACAAGACUUCUGGAAUUCUGCUCUGUGAUGUAAAACUUUUCUACAAA